UGAUGACAGAAUUGUCAUUUUUGGGUGAACUAUAUCCCUGUAAAAAGUAAAUGUGAAAAGCACAAAACAGCAGAGUCCCUCAGUUCCCACGGUGUGAUAUGUAGAGAUGAAAGGUGCACUUGUCACUACCUCACGAAAACUCACCUGUCACUCACAGCCAUUAUCUGAGUCUUCCUGCGUCUUCACAUUGUUCAGACAGUACAAUAGCCUAGCUAUAUUCACACUUAUAAUAAAGCAAUGAUGACCGGUCAUGAAAGAACCCGCUGAGAGUAUAUAAACGGUCAGCUCUGGCUUCAUGUCCACAACGACAGCAAGGUGACCAUACGGAACCUUGAACCGCGAGAUUAUUCAACAAGCGACAUUUUUCUUGAGCUAAAUCGAUUUGAGAUAUAGACCAACUUAUUUAGCAAAAAUGACUUUUCAAAUCAGCCUUUUUAUUCUGUUGUCAGCGGUCACUUUGGCUGGCGCGUUCCCUCGCAGCGCCUUUCACCGGGACUUUCACCGACACGUCGCGAAAGAUUUUGAAUCCUCCGGGAAUGGACCAGACGAACCUGUUCGGGGAUCUGUCAGAGUUGUCAAACUAAGCCCUCAUUUUCUGCGACGGGCCGCCGGUAGUCAUGUGCCGUCCAAAAACUCACCAAGUCGAGGCGCGUUUCCCGCUUUCUUGGCCCUCGGACGUCCUGGCCCGUCAGCCCUGGCCCAUAACAAACCCGCGGCCCUGCUCCCUCAGGUGAGCGCGAGCAGCAGCGGCGCGGACGCGAGGAGGAAACAGGGUCUCGAGAUGUGGCAGAAAGUGAUGCACAAGAGCGAGCGAAGCAAAGAGGCCGUGGCGCUACACAUCAACCCCAAAGACAUGAGCGAACAGAGCUGUGCCGCGGUGCCUUUUACACAGCGCAUAACGGAGGACGGCUGUGAGACGGUGACCGUUCACAAUCAUCUCUGCUACGGUCAGUGCAGCUCCAUGUUCGUCCCCUCCAGUGGAGAGUCUCGCGCGCAAGGAGCGCACUGCACGCGCUGCGGACCCUCCAAAUCGCGCUCCGUGCUCGUGCCGCUGCGCUGCGGGACAGAGGUGCGCGAGAGGCGCGUCAUGGUCGUUGAGGAGUGCAAAUGCGAAACUAGCAGUGAAGAGGUCAAAGUUCAGAACACAGAAAGGGUUCAUUUAUAACUGACAAGUUUUUAUUUUAAACAUAUAUUUUAAUAUUUAAGUUCACCGAUGGUGUGUGUGUGUGUGUGUGUGUGUGUUUUGUAGGUGUUUUUGUGAGUGUUUGAGAGUUCAUUAACGGCCACAAGAUUUGUGUUGUGUGUCUUAUAAGUGUCCGAAAUACGAUUCGGGAUGUGUUAAACACGAGUCCCUGUGAAUACAGGGAAAACUUUUCUGUGAACCACCG